AUGGCAAAUAUUCAUAGAAUAGGAGAUUAUGAAAAUUAAAAUAAUGGUAAUUACAACCAAUUCGGUGGCGGAGAUGUGUAAUAGGACAUGCAAAGAUUAAGGGCUAUGAAUAUACCUUUGAUGAACUUAGAUGACUCUCAACCUAUUAGCCCUAGAAAAGAGAGCUUCUGGGACAUGUUGAAAAUCAACUUUUGUCCAAGAUUAAAAUUGGUUUCAUUUACAGUUUUUAUUUCAACUGUGAACAUUAUAAUAUUUAUAAUCACAUCAGCUCAAGGAAUACAAAAUACCGAUGGUAGUUUGCUUCUUUAAUAAAAACCUGAUGUCUUAAUUGAUUUUGGAGCUAAUUAUCCAACAAAAAUCAAGCACAAUGGUUAAGUAUGGAGAUUAAUCACAGCAGUUUUCCUUCAUGGCAGUUUCUAUCACAUUUUCUUCAAUACUCUUUCAACAUUUAUCUUUGUUUCUUCAAUUGAAAGAUCCUAUGGAGUUAUUGUAACCUUCAUUAUAUGGAUCAUUUCUGGUAUUGGUGGAAAUAUCUUUUCUGCAGACUUUGCCUCACCUAAUUCUCUUUCAGUUGGUGCCUCAACUGCAAUUAUGGGAAUGAUCGGAUUGUACAUAGCUUUUUUGAUUUUAAAUUGGAAAGCUUUAGAAUUUAUGCAAUAAUUGAGAUGCUGCUUAGUCAUGUUUGCCUUUUUAAUGGUUGCAAUGAUAUUUUUGCUCGGAGCUUCUAUGGGAUAUGGAACUACUCCAGGUUAUUCACAAAAUAUAGAUAACUAUGGACAUUUAGGUGGUUUGAUUACUGGUAUUUUAGCUGGUGUUGUAAUUCCAAAGCCGAUUUAGAGUGGAUAGUAUGAAAAGAAUGCUAAAUACAUUUGUGGUUUCCUUCUUGGUUUAUAUACAAUUUUAACAUUCACCUUGUUCUUUACUGUAACAGAUGUUUGA